AUGUCGUUUUAUUACAUUUUAAGACAAACAAAUGGUAGUCAUAAUUAUCCUGCAAUAAAUGGUCAUAGUAAUGGAUUUCACGAAACAGACGCUAAUAACGAUGAUCUGAAGGACAAUGAAUACACUAAUGAUUCUGAUAUACCAUCAAAUGGUUGUUUAGAAAUAAUUAUUCAAAUGUUAAUAUCUGGUUUAAGUGAUAAAGAGUUGUAUGUUCGUUGGUCAUCAGCAAAAGGUAUUGGACGUAUAACAAAUCGUCUGAAAAAAACGUAUGCAAAUGAAUUAGUUUUGUUAUUGUGUGAUCGUAUCGAUAAAGUUGCUCUACUAGCUUGUGAUCAUUGUACAUUACAAGGUGGAUGUUUAACAUUAGCUGAAUUAGCUCGACGUGGUCUAUUAUUACCAAUACGUUUAAAUAUUGUCAUACCAAUUGUAUUAAAAUCAUUAAAUUAUGAUGAAAAACUAGGGCAUCAAACAUAUGGACACGUUGUUAGAGAUGCAGCUUGUUAUAUUUGUUGGGCAUUUGCACGAGCAUUUAAUCCAUCGGAUUUUCAGUCCUAUAUUACCGAUCUAGCAUGUAUGUUAUUGUGUAUCAUAUGUUUUGAUUGGAGUGUUCAAUGUCGACGAGCUGCAUCGGCUGCUCUUCAAGAAAAUGUUGGAAGACAAGGUGAUUAUUUUCCACAUGGUAUAGAUAUUAUACUUAAAACAGAUUAUAGUUUAAUUGGUAAUACUACCUAUUGUUACAUUGAAUUGGCACAAUCAAUAGCAAAAUAUGAUGUUUACCGAUAUUAUUUGAUUGAACAUUUGCUAAAAUAA